GGCCAGUGCAGACGGAACGGAAUUCUUCAUUAAUGCUGAUGAUCUUAAGCAUUUCAAAAGCGCGAACGAUUUUCUGGAUACCUCGGUGUUGGAUGAUGGAGAGCAAGUGCUUCACUUCAUGGCUGCACUCCCAGACACCAAGCAUGCUCCGUUGUAUAUUCGCACUGCUGAUCAUAAAGAGAGCAAAGCUGGUUUGGCAACGGCGUUCGAGCUGCCAGGGUGGGGCAUUGCCGCAAUCUUGAAUCCUAUAGCGCUUAAUGGCAAGCCUUCCGUGGCCUCAUCUGAUGAAGAAAUUGCAACAACGAAAGAGCGUGAAUUGCAGCGCGUUAUGGGACUUUUCGUCUCGGAAUUUCGCACACUACUCGGCGCUCCGUCCUUCACUCAUCGACAGCGAAAAGAGGACGCAACAAGCGGCGAUACAUCGAGACAGAUACUAUUGUUCUUACCUUCACACACCGACGGUAUUGCGGAUUGGGAACUGGACGUGAUCAUGCGCGACCGCUUCACUAAACUGAUGCAGACGUCAAUUGAGACGCUGCAGUCGACGGUGGAACUGGUCGAGGCGCUGCCGGAGCUGAGCGUUCUGGAGCGGGUGCAAACUCGAGUGGAGACAGCCGUCACGAGACUUGAAGCAAUUCUCUGCAAUAGUAAUCGAGAACAGGAGUGCGUGGACGCUUCAGAUCGGCGCAGUCUGUUGGUAAUGGCUCGUCAGGCAUCGGAACUCACCGACGCUGCGUACUAUGACCACACUAUGAUCCGCCAGCUCUACUUCCCUCAAGAGCAGAUGCUGGGUGUCUAUGCGCCGCUUCUUGCUCCGCUUAUCCUUCCUUUUCUAUUGGGCUUGAUACGCGAGCUCAAGCGCUUCAAGGCGAAGCGUGCAGCUAAGAAGGACAAGUUGCAGUAA